AUGGAUCCAAGUUCUUUUAAAAAUUUUCCGGUAUUUUAUGUAAAAAAUAAAGAACCGGUAAACAUAGACAGUGAAUAUUUUUCAGAGUGCAUAAGAAGUUAUGAAGAAUAUAUUAAUGGUUGUUUUGAUUUUCUGCCAUUCAAUGAAUUAGUUGUAGAUAAUGAAAAGAAGUUUUUAAUUGAACGUUAUUGUGAUUUUUUUGUUUUCUACAACUGUGAGAGGGUAAUAUGUACAAUAAUAGAAGAACAAUGUAAGAAGAAAACAAUACAUUUUUUUGAAACCCUGGAUUUAAAAAUAAAUAAUAAAGAAUUUAAAAAUGCAGAAGAUUUUUUAAAAUAUUUUGUAAAUAUAUGGAACAAUUUCUUAUCAGUUAUAAUACAUUUAGAAGAUUUGUUAAAAUCGUUUAAUUCUUAUAAUAAAAUUACGUACGCUAAUUUUGACUCUCCGUCAUAUAUAUUUAAUGAGCUGUGGAAAGAGUAUACUAAUAAUUUUCCAAAUAUAAAAAAUGUGUUAAUAUCUAGUGCUUCAGAUUAUUUAAAAUGUGAUAAAAUAUACUGUGAAACCAAGUUUUAUCAGUACAUAUGUUUGAAUAUGCAUGAUGAAGAUACUUCAUAUGAGGAAGGUGUAGACGGGUGCCUUGACAUGAAACAUAGGGAUCGAAGUAAUAUAAGUAUCAGUAGGACAAGUAAUAAUGGUAAAGGUUAUAAGAGCUUUGGCUGUAGUAGUGGUGACCUAACUAGCAGUAGUUACGACAUUAGGGGUAGUAAAGAAAGUAACAAUAGCAAUAGAUGUGAUAGAGGUCAUAGUGGGGGGAAGGAACGAUUCGAUUGGUCUAAGCUGGAUAAAGAUAUGAACAUAAAUAAUGAUACAUAUAACAGUGAAAUGGAAAAAGUAAAGGAGGAAAAAAGGGGGAAUGUCAAUAGUACUUGCUUUGUAUCCCAUAAUACAGGAGAUUGUCAAAUAAAAGUGAAAAAAAAUGAGGAGAAUAUACAUAAAAGUGGUAGUAUCAAGAUGGUGGAAAAAAUUAAUGAUAAGCUACUAUCCAUGAGCUUAAAAAUUAUUGAUAUGUUAGGGCUAUAUGUUGAAUUAGAACAGGUUUAUAAAAAUGAGACGUAUGCAUAUUAUAAAGAAAAAAUAGAUAAACAGAAUGAACAAAAUAUGGAAAAUGGCUAUAUAAUGGAUACUAAGCAAAUUUAUGAUUUUCCAAAUAAAAUUGAAAAUUAUUUAUGUCAUGAACAAAUGAGAUGUCGUAAAUUCUUAAAAGAAGAAACGGAAAUUUCAAUUUUGAAAAUGUUAAAAGAAUUAUUAAUAGUAAAACAUAAAGAUAUAUUAUUUAAAGAGGAAAAUAUUAAAUAUUGUAUUAUUAAUGAAAAAUAUGACUCGUUAAGAAUUUUAUAUUUAUUUUCUCUUAAUUUAAAUAGUACUGAAGAAUUUUGUAGAUUAUUUUUUAAAGCAACUGAAACGUUGGGUGUUGAGUUAAUUAAUGAUUUAAUAAGUAAAAGAAAUAAUAUAAAUGCGUUAAAUGAUUCGUUUAUCCAUUUGUUAAAUUUCAAAUUAAAUAUUGACAGGAUUAUUAUCAUGUCGUUUAGAUACUCUUCUUUUUUCACAAAACGAUGGAAAGAAGUUUUUGAACAUUUUUUAAAUAAAGGAAUGCAUGCAGAAAGUUAUAUACCUGUUAUACUAAGUAUAUAUUUAAAUAAUUUAAUGAUGAUGCAUAAUGCUUGCUUGAAGAAGCUACGAAAAUAUUUCAUCCUAAAUAAGCAGCUGAAGAAUGGUGAAAACAUCAACAAAUACUUGUUGUACGAAAAAAGCUGGAAAACAUACUGUACGCAGCCACAGAUAGCUAGUAAAGGUGAGGACAUUGUUUCUACAGAUAGCGAAACAUUAUUUGCGGUAAAGAAGUAUUUAAAAAAUAGAAAAAGAAAAAAGAAAUUCCUGAACAGUAAUAAGAUAUUUGGUUUGAAUGUCUCAAAGAGGUAUGAUGACAAUAACGAAGAAAAUAAUGGUGGAAAGGACGGCAAUGAAGAGAAUGGCAAAAAGGAAAACGGCUAUGAUGCCUAUAAUGGUAGCAGUAGUAGCAGCAGCGAUAGUAACAAUAAAAAGGAGCUUCACUUACACACAAAAAAAAUUGAAAAGUUGUUUAAAAAAUAUCAUGAUAUAGGUAAAUGCAUUAUGAAUAUAAUAACAAUUGUCCUUAGCCUUUUUAAAUAUAUAAGUGAUAAAGAAAAAUUUGAAAAGUAUUAUCGAAUUUUUAUGUGUAAGAGGUUAAUAAAUGACGAUUCUUUUAACAUCAUUUUGGAUAUUAAAGUUUUUAAAACUCUUAAAAAAGAAUGUGGUGCACAGUUUACUAAAAAGAUAGAAACUAUUCUGAAGGAUAUGAAAUUUACAUCUAGAAUUUUGCAAAAUUUUUAUAAUGAAUUACCACGAAAUAGUUCAAAAUUGUUGAGAAGGAGAAAAUAUUUUGUUAAUGUUAUUUUUAAUGAAAUCUGGGAUUAUAGUAAUAUAGAAGACACUAUUAUUUACCCGCAAAUGAUUAAAUUGUGUAAUGAUUAUUUUUAUCAAUAUUAUAAAAAUUACAAUAAGGCAAAAAACAUUCGCUUUUUACCAUUAUUUGGCUUAUGUACGUUAAAAGUAAAUUUAGCAAGAGUGAGCAAAAAAUACACUAGCUGGACUAACCACUUUGCAAAUGCUUCUAACAACUACGAUGCAGUUUUCGCGGGGAAUGGGUCGACAGAGGGACCAAACGGUAGCAGCGGAAUUGGUGGCAUAAGCAGUUGCAAUAAUACUAUUAAGAAUUGUAAUAGUAAUGAUUAUGGUGGAAAUGAUGCAGAUGAUAAUAAUGGCAGUAUUCCCAAUUCCCAGGAAAAGAAAAAGAAAAAAUUUUUUUUUACUGUUACCCUGCUGCAAGCCAUUGUACUACUAUUAUUUAACGAAAAGAACGAAUAUAAUAUAAGUGAAAUAAACACACAGACAGGUAUUUCAAAUGAUAAUAUAAUACGUUACUUAAAAUCUUUAUAUAGUGUUGAUAAAACAAAAAUUUUAAAUUAUGAUGAAAUAAAUCAAAAUUUUAAAUUAAAUGUUGCAUUUAAAUCGGACAAUAAAUAUGUAAUAGUAAAUUACUCGGAUGUAACUUAUAAAGAUAAUGAAGUCAUUCCAGCCUUGACGCAGGAGGAUAUUGAACUCGAAGACAGAAGUUUACAUAUUGAUGCUGGUAUUGUCAAAUUUUUAAAAUCAGAUGGAAAAUCAUCAGAAAAAGAUAUAUGUUCAUAUAUUAAACAGAAGAUGAAUAUCACUUCAAGUGAACAAAUUAAAAAUAGAAUUGCUUCAUUACUUAGUAGGGAAUUUAUAUUUUUUCAAGACAAUUUUUACUAUUAUGAACUAUAA